AUGACCAAAAAAUUGACCCCACAGGAGAAACAGAAUCGCAAACCCGCCCUGAGGGCUUGUACGUUUUGUCAUCAAAAGCAUUUACAAUGCUCAAAUGAACGACCUUGUAAAAAUUGCGUCAAGAGGAAUAUUGCUUCAGAGUGUCACGAUAUUGUUCGAAAACGAGUUAAGUACUUAACAGGAUCUUCAAAACCAUCGACAAGCAACAAAUCACGCCAGUCUUCGGAAGUUUCUACUCAAAACAGCUCAUUCAGUACGUCACCAGUGUCAAUAAUGGAAGACGGUUCCAAAACACGGCCCGCCCCAAUCGCCAACGAAGUAAAUGAUGCUCAACUCAUACCUAUUCAGUUGCAUUCAAAGCAAGAAACAUCGUCAAGUCUUCCAAUGGAGGACUCUAGCGUCACUCAAAUAAAGGAUAUUUUGGACACGCCUCCUUUCGAUAUGCUGCAUAAAGAUUCAGAUUUCAACAAUGACUCCAUAGAAGUGAACAGAGCAAGCCUGUUGGAAGCCGACCCUUUAUUCCACACAAACACGAUGCUAAAUACCACUACCGAUGUCAUCAACAAAUUGCUAACAGAUCAUUAUGAAAUUGAUAACUUGAGUCAGCCGUCUUUGGAUCCACUUUCCCAGUUGUCAGACGCUUCCCCAAGUCUAAGUCUAAACCACAGAAACAGUCAGUUUAGCUCCAACUAUCUUAAUGAAGAGUAUCUCAUGCUCGGCGAUAUUCUUUUGAAUUCAAAGCCAGCUUCGCCAACACCCUCAAAUACAAGCACAUCCGAAUACACAAAUGGGCCAACACCUGCAUUUAUACAAAAUAUCGAUUUCGAAAACAUGAAUGAAUCAAAAAAGCGGGUGGUUCAAAAAUUGCGAGAUUCACGUCCGUUUAUUUCUUUGGGUUAUCCCACAGACUCAAGUAUGAGUCUAGAUAAUUUGAACAACAUGGCACAUCAAACUGAUAACCUUUUGGAUAACAAUGUCAGCUCGAGGGGAAAUGCCAGCAAGCAAACUACCGCUCUCAACUCAAAUCCGAUUGUGAAUUUCAAAUCAAAGUACCGCUCAGAUUAUGUUUCUCCUUUAGCAACUCACAAAAUUUACAAAACGGUGUCUGACAUAUACAACAAAGAUGUCAUAAAUUUCGAGUAUCCGAAUUCUUAUCAUGCACUUACCAAUUUUUUAAAGACAAGAUUCCUGGGUCAUGGCUUAGAUACUGAAGAGAAGCAAUGCAAAAGACAAAACUUGCUCGUCAUAUUGAAGUUGAUUGCAAGCUACAGACCAACAUUUAUUAGUGCACACAAGUCGUUGCUAAAACCACAAGAUCUUCUUCUUCUAGAGAUGAGUUUCCAGAGGUGUUUAAUAGACUACGAGAAAUUGAGUCAGUUGAACUCAUCGCCAACAAUUAUAUGGCGUCGAACUGGGGAGAUUGUGAGUAUCACCGAUGAUCUACUAAGCUUGUUAGGUUACAAAUUACUGGACAUUUUAUCAAAGCGAACUUUCAUUAUGGAAAUGAUGUAUGAUGAUGAUUCUGUUGUGAAAUACUUUCAACUAUUCAAAUCAGUGGCAGUGGGGAACUUGCAUUCAAGUAUAAGUACAAAGAUCAAGCUAACUAAAAAUGAAACUCAUUUUAACAGCACAGCAAAUGUUGACGCUGACUCACAGUUGCAAAAUAAUGUUGGUACCAACAACUAUAUUGAAUUUUGCUCAGUUUGGACAGUCAAGAGAGAUUUGUUUGAUAUUCCAAUGCUAAUAAUUGGACAAUUUUUGCCAAUCCUUCCUGCAGGAGACGGUGUAAGAAUGUAUUGA